AUGACGAGCCGCCUAAAGCGCAAGCUUGACAGUAUCGGCGUAGAUGCAUCCAGCCCAAAGGCAACGGAGUCAUUUUGUCUUAUUGGCACGCCUCUGCCACCGCUUGAGAAGUCAAAGGAUAAAAAUGAGUUCGUGCCAGUGUGGAAACAGGAGGCUCGAGAUGAAAAAGGUAGACGGCGCCUUCACGGUGCAUUUCAAGGCGGUUUUUCUGCAGGGUACUACAACACCGUGGGCUCGAAAGAAGGAUGGACACCUUCGACCUUCAAGUCAUCAAGGACGGCCCGAGCUCAAAAUAAGGUUUCUCGUCCUGAGGAUUUUAUGGAUGAAGAAGACCUUGAAGAAUUGAGGGAGAGCCAGAAGAUGGUUGAUACAUCUGAGCAGAUGGAUUUAUUUGGAACAACUGAAGUUGAAAUGCGGAAGAGGGCCGGCAUUCCUCUCUCUGAGGACGAUCCUAUGGCCAGUACAAUUGCUUCUUCUAUCUUGCCUCCUCCACAAGAUUCCGCUGGUGCGCAACUGCUAAAGAAGCUGGGCUGGCGGGUUGGUCAGGGAGUAGGUCCGCGAGUGACAUAUGAACAACUGAGAAAGCAGGAUCUGGCAUCAUCGACUCUUCUCACCUCCUCGGUCCUGGAGCACAACGAGGAGGACGAGGAGGCUAGAAAGCAUCUAUAUGCACCCAGGGACACGAAACUGACUAAUUUACAGCCCAAAGGCAACUUAUUUGGCAUCGGGUAUCUCCCUGGAACAAGCCUUUCCGACAUGGUAGGCGCUGCCGCUGAAUCGAACCAGUCGAGGCCUAGGAUUAGCGGUGUGACAUCCGGCUUUGGCCUGGGGGCACUGAAUGAAGCUGAGGAGGAUGAUUUGGACAUCUACGAUACGGGGCCUGGCCAGCGUGCCUCGACUCGUCUCGCCUAUGACAUGGACGGGAGGGAUAACAAGCUUGUAACUGAUGGUCACAAUCAUGACCGGGGUCAGGUCGUAGAGCCACAGGCCGCCCCUACCAAUAGCACCCGUACCUUUCAUGAUGGGCGUGCAGUCCUUCCAGGAUUUGUGCUAGUAGACAAGGCGCUCGUUGAAACUACUUGGUUUAAAAUCCCAGAUGUGCCAGUGGACUGGAAACCGGACCCCUCAAGCGUAUGGGCUUUGACACCACAAUCAGAUCCUAGGUCUGGGGUCGAACACCAGGUACCGCGCCGCCCCGAUGACUUAAGGUGGACUGCCAGUGGGAAAACGGCUGCCGAGCGCGGGGAACAACUAGGGGAGAUUGGGGUGCCAAAUCAACAGCCACGUUCCGUCUUUGAUUAUUUGUCUCAGAAGGAUAGAGAGCGACUGCAAGGUAUCCGAAACGCUGGUGUUGGAGAUGGAGCACCACCAUCAUCUGCAUCCGUCGCCAUUGUUACCCCCCCACUCGAACCAGCGAUCGCCCAGGCAGCCUUGAGAGGCUUCCAACCAUUUAGUACAGAUGAAUCGAAACAAAGCCGGUAUACAACCUACAUUCAAUCCCAACUCUAUCCCUCCAACUCCCCUGAUUACAUACCUCCCCCCACCCCUCGGCCUGGCCAGUCAAACGAAGAUUUCAAUGCCGAGUUAGAGAGUUAUGCAAAAGCUGCGAUGAUUUUCAAACCAAUGAGUGGAGCAAUGGCAAAUCGUUUCACCAGUGCUUCUGUGGUGGAGGCAGGACCAACGCUCCAAGGAGGUUUGUCCAGGCCCAGCCUCACAUCAGCACCACCAGUCGAACAAGAAGCUGCCCAGCCCAAGGAGGAGCCAAACGAAGAGACUCCAAAGCAGAAUGCCGCGCGAUUAGGCAUGUAUGGGCAGUUAACAAGAGAAGUGAAAGAAUGGGCGCCCGCUCGACUACUGUGCAAGCGCAUGGGUAUCAAAACUCCUCGCCUGGACGCUGGCGGUGGAGAGGAAGGCCCUCUUGCUGCUGCUUCCUCUGAGGAAGUUUCAAAGUCAUCCAAGGCAUCCUCAUGGGAUCCCGCAUCCCUAGGAGGAACCGUUCUGUCUGUUUCAACUGCCGAGCCGUCCGGAUCGGCAACUCGGUCCGGUCCUAAAGAUAUCUCGAACAUUGGCCUCGGCGAAGACGACAACCAGGGCAAGGAUACACUGACGUAUCAGCGCCCAUCAAUGGACAUCUUCAAAGCUAUUUUUGCAAGUGACGAGGAGAGCGAUGAUGAUGGGGAAAUUGUUGCGCAUGUGAAUGCACCCGUUGACACAUCAAGUACCUUGUUCUCUCCAGAAUCCGGGAGUGGACCAUCGGGGCCCAGUACUCCAUCGUUGAUCCCUCCAUCAACUUCAUCGAAUCCAUCUGGCCGGAACAUCACCGUUGAUGCAUCCACAUUCCAUCCAAAGUUUGUCCCAAAAUCCCAGAGAGAGGGUAGGAUUUCAUCGCGCAAAUUUGAUUCAAUAAAACACGGCUCGACCUCCAAGAAAAGACGGAAAGCACUCGUUUCUUUUGAUCUUGAUGAAGAAGGAAAGAGGGACAAAAAGAAAGGGCGAAACAAAGAACAUGAAGGUGAUCGGGGAACAGAGAGGGAGAACGCCGUAACUGGGCAUCCCGCUGCCGCGAUCGAGGUCGACGAAGAAAUGGAAUGGGUGGAGAAGGAGGCUUCCUCAAUCGUGAACACUACCGUGAACCUGACCUCCCUGCCAUCACUACAUACUCAAGAUGUAUCAAAGCGGCCAGGAAGGAUGAGGGCUGCUGACUUUAUGUAG